AUGUCAACCCAGCCAGCACAGCGCUACAUUACCACCCACAACUCCACGGGUGCCUCAGUGUUUGACACCACCAUUCCCACCACAGUCCCUGAAAUAGAAUUCCCUGGCGGGCAGGCUACCCUCACAGUCGAUUACGCAACUGAAGGCUUCCCAACAUCCCUCUCCGACAACAGAGAUAUCGAAAUCUACAAGAAGCACCUGGCGACUCCGCCGGGAAUCGUCCUUGAAAAUGGCACUGUGAUGAGGCGCGUGGCCCUGAAACCAGGCUGGACCUCUCCGAUGUAUCGCACCAUGAGCAUCGACAUUGGUGUCAUAGUUGAUGGAAGUGUCGAGUUAGUGCUGGAUUCCGGCGAGUCCAGACUCUUGAACAGAGGAGAUGUUUUUGUGCAGAGGGCCACGAUGCACAAGUGGAGGAAUGCUAGUUCCACGGAGCCGGUUACCAUACUUGGGUUUAUCCAACCGUGUGCGCCGUUGGAGGUUGCGGGGAAGCUGUUGGAGGAGGAACAUCCUGCUUGA